AUGGAUGAAUCUGAAAUGUUAUCUUCCUCUGAUUCAAUCGGCUCCGAUAAUGAAACCAGUUCAGCUCCGUUUUCCAGGAAGAAUGAAGAUUCAACUAAAGAUACUUCUCCUGGCUCUCAAGCUGUGGCCUCGGAAAGUAGACACUCAGAUGAUUAUAGAUAUCUAGGCCUUCGACCUCGAUCCGAUUCGAAACAAGAUUCGAAUUCGGGUGCCUUGCACAGCAGCUUCCACCCGAAUCCAGAAAAGGCUGUACCUCUUACACAAAUGAUCAUGAGCGGCACUAGCAAGAACCCCUACACAGGAGAAGUUAUAAACUAUACCUAUAUCGAGUACAAGGCGAAUACAAAACCCAUCAAGGGCUUCGGCUGUCAACGAGCACCUGAGCAAAUUGAACUUCCUGCUUCAAAGCCAAAAGAGCCAGUAGAACCGUGGAAGAUUUUUCCUCCACCGCCGAAUGCUGCCUACAUAGGAAUGGAAAAGGUCGAGGAGGACUACGAUCCCCAACAAUAUGAUGCUUUUGAUGCUGCUCUUGAUGGAGCUGAACUAGCUAUCAAGAACACACCUUCUCCUCAAAAGUCUGCGCUUGGUCUUUCUGGAGCUACUAGGCAUACUAGGCGAAGACUGUCGGUUGGUGGUAUUGUAGCCACGAGAAUGGACUUUACACAAAAGGCAUGGGUAGAAUUUGAACCUUCAGUUAUUGGUGAGAUCUACAGCGGGUAAGAUGGAUUUUUGUUUAUUUGAGAGACCCAUCAGCUAUGAUUCAUAAUCUAUAUUCCUGCUCAAGCUCUUACUAAUACACACUUACUAAUAUACUGGUUCUCACAGAGAUGAGCAAAAAGCCGACUUCAUCAAAAAUUUAGACGAAGGAGCCCAAAUCGAAUACUGUAAAAAGUGUAAAGAGCGCCACAUCCCACCCGGCUCCGCCCUCACACUUCCAGAACGAGACACCUGCGGAGCAUAUCUACCCGAAUGGUUUCCAACCAAAGGAAUCCAUAAACCAUGGACAAGCUUCAUCGAAAUGAUCAAUCACUGGGUCCGUCUCAAUGAAAUCAACCAAGGAUACAACCACAAGGAAAACCCAGAGCGUCACCUAUGGAACCUAGAAUUUCACGAAAGCCACGACAAAUGGAAACAGAUAGGACGAACCAAAGGACAUGGAGGCUGGUGGAAAUGUAGAAGCGGACCCGGAGCUACGUAUGCGGAAAGAUCGUGUCGGGUUUGCACAUCCAAAGAUGCGAUCUCUAGGGACAAUGAAGUGCGAGCUCAGAAACUCAAACCGAGCGCCUUACACUGCAAACAGAGUAUUGAAAAUUGGGUUGCGAGGAUGAUUAAGGAGGCUGGAAGGAGAGAUAAAGAGAUCGUGUUGGCUAUGUGGCGUACGAAUGGUAUUCCGCUGCAUUAUGGUCCGAGGGUUGCGAGAAAUGGUACGUACCCGCUUACGGAGGGUACACGAACGAUUAAUAUAGGAGUUCCGCCGUCGGCUGCUCGAACUUUACUUUUGCCUGAGCAGAUGUUUUCGGAGAGGUUGUUUAGGGGGAAUGGGAAGGCUGAUGGGGGUCUUCAAUCGAUUGAUGAAGCGUUGGAGAUUAUGGGUGGUAAGUGUCGGAUGGGAUCACCUGUUUCAUCGACUGAUAGACUUGAUAUUCCGAGGAUUGUUGUGCAGGGUAUUGCUUUGAGUUCAAUUGUUUCUUCGUGAUAUCCUUUGGUGGUUUGUGGUUUGUGGUUUGUGGUCUGUUUUUGUUGGGUUUGGGUUUGGUUUGAAUGGUCUUUUUAUGGUAAUGCUAAAGAAUGACGCCUUUAGUUUCCACGCAAGAGAUGUGUCUUUG